UGCAUCACUUUUUUAUGUGGAUGUUUUGAUAUUUUCAGGAAAGGAUGGCAGGUGGUGCCGCGGUGAACACUCCCAACACAUGCAGGAGGAAAGAAAGGAUGGCAGGUGGUGCCGCGGUGAACACUCCCAACACAUGCAGGAGGAAACAGCGGCGUGAGCUUUUUCCUUCCUCGCGGCCAGACGACGCGGACUGGCUUUUUCCUGCUCCCCCUGACACACUCACAGUUUACCGAGCCAAGAAGAAAUAUAAUACAGACAAGAGACAAUGCAUGAAGACAGAUGAGGGAUCUCCAAACAAGAAGAUGGAUAAUGUGAACACAGCUACUGUGCUCACCAUCAUUUCUCAAGAGUUAGACUCUUCAGAAUUCUGAGAACUGACAGACCAGGAAACACAAGAUGGAUUAUGAUGCAGAAAUGAAGAGAAUUCAGAAGAUGUUGGAUGAAGUAGAAGUGAGUAGCUCAUAAGACAAAGAAAGUGUGGGGAGGGAUGUUCCUGCCUCCAACAGUGAAAGUGAAGAAGAUUACCUGGAAGAGGAUCUGCAUGUUCCUGAUUGUGAAUGUUAUGAAUCAGACCCAGAUGAUCUACCAGACCAGCCCCAAAAGAAAAAGGCAAAAAAUUGAUGGAUGGAAGGGAAAAAGAUAAAACAACAUGAUGGAAGAAGAAUGUUCCUAAAUUGCUAUGUCAUACCCUUUCUAGCAAUGUUAUCAAAUUUACACCAGAACUAAAAGGACCAGCUCUAAAUGCCAAUUCUCCUGCAGACUUUUGGGGAGUCUUCAUCACAGCAGAAAUAAUUCGUUUAUUAGUAGAACAUACUAACUCGAUGAUCGCUAUGCAGAAAGGGAACUAUACUCAGCCCUACAGAACAAAAGACACUGAUGUUUUCGAAGUGAAGGCAUUGACUGGACUGCUUAUGUUAGCUGGUACAUAUCAUGUUAGCAGGCUGCACCUUGCUCAUAUUUGGAAAGCAGAUGGUACUGGCAUCGAGGUGUUCAGGCUGACUACAUCACUGGAUUGCUUUCAUUUUCUAUUAUGUUGUCUAUAAUUUGAUGACAAAGCAACAAGUGAGAAAAGAAAGAAGGUGGAUAAGCUUGCCCCAGUUAGGCAAAUAUUUGAGAUGUUUGUGGAAAAUUGCAAAAAGAAAAACACCCCAUCAGAAUUUGUGACUAUAGAUGAAAUGCUUGUAGCCUUUAGGGGCCACUGUCCCUUUAGGAAAUAUAUACCCAGUAAACCAGCCAAAUAUGGCAUCAAAUCAUCACGUUCUAUAAUUCAACCAAAGGAGGAAUAGAUGUGCUUGACAUGAUGAUGGAUAAGUAUUACGUUUCCAGAAACAGCUGGUGUUGGCCUCUAAUUGUGUUCUUUGCUCUGCUGAACAUUGUCUGUGUAAAUUCGUAUGUCCUGUAUGCUCACAACCCACAGAAUAAACUCAAGCACCGCAAAUUCAUCAAGAAAGUAUGCAUGAUGCUAUUAGAAGACACUCUAAAGAAAAGACUGCAGAACAGAAGGCCAAAAGGUCUCAGAACAGAAAUUGCAAGGCUGUUCCCUGAAAUUGCAGAAGCAACAUCCUCAACAAGCUCACAGUUGUUACAAUGCCAGGCAAAGAGAUGUGUAUUUUGUGCCAGGUCAAAGGAUCGAAAGGUGAAAACAGUAUGUAGCACAUACGGGAAACAUGUUUGCAGGGAUCACAGUAAGAUGACUGUGAGUUGCAUAGAUUGCGAGAAUGUAGCAGUAAAUGGUGAAUCAGAGUGAAUGUAAUGGUAUGUAAUGAACUCACAUUUUUUUUUUUUUUUCAAUUUCAAUUCAUGGAAAUAUUUUUUGUUUACUUUUGAUGAAAAGAAAAAAUGUUUAUGUAACAAAUUUAUUCCUAUGUAAUGAGCUCUUUUUUUUUAUUUCAACUCAUGAAAAUUUUUGUGUUUGCUUUGGAUAAAGAAACCAUGCUUAUGGUUUAUGUAUUAAAUUUAUAAUAAUUUUCCUUUCAAUAAAUAAUUAUAUCUUUAGUUCAAGCUUUGAUUUGAUGUAUUUUGUAAGGGAGAUUUGCCUAUUAUGUAAUAUUUUUUUUCAAUGUUAAUAUUCAUCAUAUAUAUUAAAAACUCAUACAAACAUGUGUAUCUUGUGGGUAUUUUAAAAAUAAAUGUGACCUGAAUUUAA